GCAUCGACCGCAGAGAGAGGAGGCGGCAGCGACAUCGGGCUCGGGUUGGAAGCUGCUGCUGAGCCAUGGUGAAAAUCAGCUUCCAGCAACCGGCGGCGGGGCUUAAGUCGGAGAAGGAUGGCGCCGCAGCCUGUGGGGCCAAGGCAGAAAUCUUCCUGCCUCAGGAUGUGGAGGAACAGCCUUUGCCAGUGCAAAGCAGAAGGUCUUCUCUCAGCCGCAUGUGCUACUUGACAAUGAGCAUGAUGCUGUUGCUCCUUGGCUUGAUUUUGACGUCCAUGUAUGUUUACAGAUAUUUCUCCAUUGCUGGCUCAUCUCCGACCAAUUCAGAAAACCUCUUCCACUGUGGAGUUAUCUAUCAAGACUCUUACUACUCGGAACUAAGGGAACAGCUGGAACUGCAUGAGGAUGUGAGGAUUUACCUGGAAGAGGACUAUGAACAGAUCAACAUUCCAAUGCCCCACUUUGGUGAAAGCAAUCCUGCAGAUAUUAUUCAUGAUUUCCAGCGGGGGCUGACAGCGUAUCAUGACAUAGCCCUUGAUAAAUGCUAUGUCAUUGAGUUGAACACCACUAUCGUCAUGCCACCACAGAGCUUCUGGGAGCUUCUCAUUAAUGUGAAGAAAGGGGUGUAUUUGCCGCAAACCUACAUAAUCCAAGAGGAGAUGAUAGUCACGGAGCACGUCACUGACAUCGACCAGCUUGGCUCCUUUAUUUAUCAUCUGUGCCGUGGCAAAGAGACAUAUAGACUGAAGCGUCGAACUUCAAGGCGACAUAUCCAUCGACGUGCAGCAGAGAGCUGUCAUCACAUUCGCCAUUUUGAAAACACCUUUGUGGUUGACACUGCAAUUUGUCAAAAAUUGUGAGAAUCACUCACCAGAUGUAACCUUACUGGGCUUUGCUUGUGCUCAUCCAUGCAGGCUUCUGGAGAGAGAAUUUGGCUUAUUUUUCUUCUUGCUCCCAUUGCUUGUGCAUUACUAACUUCUCAGGUCAUAUGUGAUUGAACACUGACCUUUGGUGUCUCUGUACUGCUUCUUAGAUUUUGCUUAACUUUCACUGUUACCCCAAAAUGUGACUGGGGAGGGGAGGGGAAAGUUUGUUGUGAAAAUUGGUCUAAUAGUCUCUUCUGGGAGUGUGCAGUGUACUCUAAGAAACCACAGAAGACUCUUAAUGCAAAUGGCUGGCCAUUUGUUAACUUGGGGAGGAAGAAGUGAAGCAACAGUGGAAACUUGUGGAUGCAUUUAGCUUUCCAGGGCCAUUAUUUUGUUACAGAGUUCCUCAGUGUAGAAAUCCCUUUCCUCAGUCCCAGCGUGUUGUUAACAAUAAAAUUCACCAUAAGAUUGCUGCCCUGAAAGGGUUAGAAAGAUACAUUUAGAAAGACUUUUUACAGCCCAGUAUUGAAGUUCAUAGACCUGUGAGCCUGGUUUAUUCUAGGUGUACUGCUCUGCAAAGCAGAAUAUGUGGCUUUUGUUGUACUAGCUUGCAUGUAAGGGUGUCAUUUCUCUGCACUAGCCACAGCCCCAAGAUACAAGGUGUGCAUGCUUAAGUGAUAAUCCAGGUUUGUUCUGGAAGCUAUUGCUGGCAAAGAGAUCUUAAAGCUGGCUCCCUCGCUCCUAGCAGUCUGUGAAGACAGUCCUGAUCUUGAGUGUGUGAGUCUUGAAUCUCAAUAUCAUUCCUGUUGGUUCUAUGAAUUAAAUGCCCUGGGGUGUGUAAUGGGUUAAGUAAGAGUCUAUUAGAGAAAAAGACCUGGCGCCUAAUACAAAUUAAGGAAAGGUGGCAAACCAGCGGAGGACACUUAACUAGCCAAUGGUUUAUGAUGUCACUGUGCUGAAUGAGGCACCUUUUUUGCUCUUUUACCGCACUUCCAGUUCAGAUUAAUGGGCCAAAAUGGACUAGUUGUUGAUAUUCUGACUCUUCUAGGUUUCUUACCUAGCCACUGUGCCUCUGUUUGUAGCACACAUCAUAAUAUGAGGAGCUUUCUUUUGCACUAUCUGGUAUUCUCUUUUUUAGUAGUUUUUAAGUGGAUCAAGCACAGCCUUUCUCACUGCUGUGGAAACAUACUCAAUUCUGUUUCCCUUUAUUUGCAGGUGAAACAUGGAUUCUUUCUCAUUUUACUUUUGGAGAGAGAAGUACUAAGCAGUUGUUUUAUCAGCCAAAAGCUUGGACCAACUGUUUGACUUGUUUGGGGGCAGGAUUUCAGAAAGCUUUUUAGCAUUUAGCUGUUUAGUGGCUGGAUAUUAUGGGAGGCUGCCAUGACAAUAGUCAGCUUAACACGUGUCUCUCACAUUUUCCCUGCCCAAGGGCAGCUUGGGAUAGUCAGGGGAAGUGAUGAGGAGGCCCCCCUGUGAAAUCUGAUAAACAUGAGUGAUGGCCAUCACUACUUGGCUAGAGUCUUCAUGCUGCAUCAUCAGACUUCCAUGUUUGGCCUAGAUUGUUUUCCCUACGCAUAAAAAUAAACCACCUGGAGGACUCGCUGCCGGCGUCCCGGCUUACUGGGCCAUGGCAGAUGACCCCCAGGUGAAAGGGUGGAGCCAGUACCGCGCACACUGCGCUUCACCUAAAAAAUUCCUCUGCGCAGGCCUGAAGGGCAUAUCCGAGAGUUUUUUUAAAAAAAUAAGCUGUGCAGACAAGAAGAAAGAAUAGUUCUCUGUUUUUCUUCUCCCUUUACUCCAGUUAAAUCUUUAAACAUGAGAAUUUGAACAACAGACCAUGAUCAAGAUACCUAGAACCCUGUGCUUUUAACAAGAAAUCAGCAACAAUUGCCAUAACAGAACCUAGAUGGUUUUGGUUCCAGAUUAAUUUUGGCAGAAGGCAAGGAAUGGCAGCUGAGAUGCAUGUAACAUGAAGGCCUCCGGCUGAGUUGAGUGCAGGGGACAUGAGAUGCAUCAAAUAGGCAUUCCUUAAGGGCACUUGCAGAUAAAUGGGUCCUUCAAAAACAGGUGAUGUGUCUUUUCCUUUUGUCUUAGCAGUUGAGGAUAUGAAGUCCAGGUUGGUCCCACUGAGUUGUGAGAGAUCUCCAUUGGGUGACCUUGGCCAAGUCACAAACUCUGAGCUUAGCCUACAGCACAGGGUUGUUAUGGGGAUAAAAUGAAGGAAAGGAGAAAGCUGCCAGCACUUGGAGAGAAAGGUGGGGUAAAAAGUGAGGUGAAAUUUUUUUUUAUUGACAGCAUAUCUAGUUGAUCCCUACUCAUUCAGAAAAGAGUAGCACUUUAGAAAGGAAAAGGAAAAAAGAAAUGCGUGCAUGUAUAAUCAUUAAUGCAACAGAACUAAACUUUGAACAUAACUGAGUAUUUUUUGGGGGUGGGAUAGAUGAGAAAGUAUAUAUACUGGUUUGCUAUGUGAAGUAAAGAUAUAGCAACUCAGAGGUACUUUAAUUCAAAUGAAUCCCUGCACUGAGUGGCAGAUUGCCUUGGAACUGUAAUAUGGGAGUGGAAAAGAACUUGUCCUAAACACCCUCCUUGGGCAGAGUCUCAUUGUUCUGUUGUUGUUGGGUUAGGCUCUCGGGUGCUCCUAGUUCACAUCUUGGUAUGGAGCCUUCUUCAGAGAAUAGUCUGAAUGGCAGAGACAGAUUACAGUAGUGAAAGAAAUAGCACACCAUAUGCUUAGCAAUAAUUGCUUCAAACUGAUAGGUUUGCUUUUUGCAUUUUCUUCUGCACCAAUUCAUGCCUUCAGCAUGGAAUCCAACCUUUUUUGCAUUGGUUCUGCAUGUUUUGAAAUUGGUCAUGAAUCUUAAGUUUCUGCAAAACCUGAAACACAAAUACAACUAAAGUUGAUUCAGUGAGUCAGAACAUCAGUACUCUGGAGGGUAGGAGGAAGACCCUUAACUGCUUUAUACAUUUUGUCGGUUUUUAAAAAAAAUUACUUUAGGGAAAAAAUGAAAAUUAAAUAUUUUACUUCUGGUUUAAA